GAUCAAGCUCGCGAAGCAACUCGUUGCGUUGGAACGGUGCCUACCGUCGCGCCCAUUUGUUAUCUACAGUACCACCACUGCUAUAUUUAAUGUCGGUUGGUCGCCCCCUCCGUCACGUCUCCGAUCUUGUGUGACCGAGUGCUUCUCGCUGCUUUCCCUUUGACCUGCAGGACGACUUUGUUUCCUGUAGAGGCACGAAACAUACCUUGUCGUCAACAAAAUGUCUUCCAUCGAGCCUACCAGCUCCGACUCCGGGACGCCCUCCAAAGAUGUCGAUAUUGAGAAGCUCCCCGGCGUCAACGAAACGGUCGAGCCUGAGGUCCGCCAUGGCAGCGUCACCCCAGCAUAUGAAAUAGCAAAAGCAAGACACAUUCAAAACAGCUUCGCGCCUCUUCGCUGGUUGAGCAGAGGCGAGACAUGGCUCGACGAAAAGAUGGGCAUCGAAACCCAGGGUAUCGAUCGUAUCCCGGAAGAAGAGAAACGUCCUCCCGCCCUCAUCAACACCUUUUUCAUGUGGUUUUCAAUGACUUGCCACGUGGGAACCCUCCCGCUCGGUGUGCUGGGUCCCGAAUUUGGCUUGACUCUCGGUCAAUCCGUCUCGGCCGUGGUGGUUGGCACCAUCUUGGGAGCGCUCUGCACGGCUUACACCGGGACUCUGGGACCCAAAACUGGACUUCGUCAAAUCGCUACAUCUCGAUAUUCCUUCGGUUUCUGGGGCGCCAAACUUUGCAGUGUUCUUAAUGUGAUUGUUGGCGGCGGUUUCGCUGUGGUCAAUGUGGUCAUCACUGGCCAGAUGCUCAGCGCCGUUUCCGACUACUCGAUGACCAUCGCUGUGGGCUGUGUGAUUGUUGCCAUAGUCUCCUACGUGGUCUCGGUCUUUGGCUUCGCAAUCAUCCACACGUUUGAGAAGUACAGCUGGAUUGCGUCCUUCAUUCUCCUCUGCGUCUUGAUCGGUCAGGCUGGGCCGCAUGUCGGACCCAAUGCGCCUGGAUUCCCGGCCUCAAACCUGGAGGUCGCUGGUUCAUGGCUCAGCUUCAUGGCCAUUUGCUUCUCCAGCUCAUCGGGCUGGUGUUCGAUCGCUGCCGACUACUACUGCAACUACCCCGCGAGCACCAAAACAUGGAAGAUUUUCUUCCUCACUUUGGCCGGUAUCACCAUCCCGACGGUCUUUGUGACUGUCAUUGGGUCCUGCAUUGGCAACGCGGCCAUUCUGAACGCAUACCCCCCUUAUGCGGAUGCUUAUGAAAACCACGGCCUGGGUGGCUUGUUGCGCGAGAUCUACCAUCCAGUGGGCUGGGCCAAAUUCUGCUUGGUUAUCCUCACAUUCAGCGUUUUGGGCAAUAACAUCGCCAUCAACUACUCCUCUGGUCUCUCUAUCCAACUUCUCGGUCACUACUUCCACGCCGUGCCCCGAUUUAUCUGGUCCUUUUUGGUCGCUUUGGUAGUGGCGCUGCUCGCUAUUGCUGGCAAGGACCACUUGUCGAACAUUGUCUCUGAUUUCGUGUCUUUGCUGGGCUACUGGACUAUCUCCUUCACCUUCAUUCUUCUGAUUGAGGACCAAUGGUUCCGCAAGCGAUCGGGCGAGGGCUACAACCUCGAAGUGUGGGAUAUGCCCGAUAAGCUGCCAUGGGGUGCAGCGGCUGUCUUCUCGCUCCUGGCGGGUUACCUGGCUGGUGGUUUGCCCGGUAUGGCGCAAGUUUGGUAUGUCGGCCCUAUUGCAGCCAAAUUCGGACCGUACGGCGGUGAUGUCGGUAUCUACAUGUCCGGCGCCAUCACUCUGGUCUGCUAUUUCCCACUGAGAUAUCUGGAGAGGAAGUACACUGGGAGGUAAAAGCGCCGUCUGUGAUAUAGGGCACCUCCUAGAAAGUAACUAAUUCACCACGACCACCACCAUACUACCACACCACCUUUAUGUACUUUGAUAGUCUCCAAAACCAUCUAGCAGUUUUGAUUGGUCUAGUAGCCUAAAGCUGCACAUAGCGGUCGGAAACGCCAUUCCGCCAAAAAGACAAUUCCAGAUUUCGUUUUUCUUUGCC